AUGCACAUGUUCUUCCUGCACGAAGCGGAGGAUGAGAUUUGCAUCCCCGGAGUGAUUGACAUACCUCGGCUCGUGCAGCCGGGUACACCGUUGCGCCACGAGAGCAAAAGCACGUCUGAGCACAUGCUCAGUGUCCAGCUUCAUCGUAACACGGUGGGCAUACAGGACAAGCUGGAGAACCUGGCACAAAACCAGACAGUCAUCACCAUGAAACCAGAGAGCAUCAAAGCUGCUGUACCUCAGACCCCUGCCACACGGGGUCAGCAGGUACUGUAUUACACUCCUAUCAAGCGUAUGGCAGGCAUGCAGCCGACCACAAUGAUCGUCACCACGUCCACGCCCGGGCCUAGUGAUGGAAAUGCAAACAAUGGGGACUCGGACUCUGGCCAGAGGAAGAAGAACAAGUGCAAGGCGUGCAAGUCGCGCAAGGGCAAGGACCCGCCCUCUGCUUUUGAGGUGCUCACACGCGUCAUCCAGGAACACAAUUUGCUGAUCAGCGAACACAAUGCACGCCUCACGGAGAUUGCGGGCCUUCAUGCCGAGAUCUGGAAGAGCCAGAAGGAUCUCGGCGAUGAGCGGAACAAGUGUUGUGAGCUACGUGACAAGCUGCCGGAGGCGGAUGACUACAACACGCUACUUGAGGACUACAACAAGGCACAGUAUAUGGUACGCCGCUCUGUGGCCCAGCUCAAUCGGGCUUCCUGGGACCACACAGCUUGCCUUGAUGCUGUCUAUGGUGUAGCGCGUUGCCUCGGCGUAUCCAACCACCUGCCCAAGCGUGCUCGCUUACUGAUGCUGAUGGGUGACGUGCGAGGCGUAGCCGCGCCAUCAAAGGACUGUUGGUCCACAGCGGCCUGCCGCCCGUACUUCAUCUCGGAAUGGGUCGAAGGUCGCGCGCCACCCACUUUCAACUGUUACACGUCCAAGGAUGUGCACAGCACCGUCAAGCUCGUUAAAGAGCCAGCAUCCCUGCAUCUAUGCACCGUAGCGUGGCACUUCGCAGACCCGGUCAAGGACGAGGCAUUGUACAUUGCGUGCCUCUCCCUCAUCAACAAGCCCGACGAGUACCAGGCCUGGCUGCAACGCAACCCCACUAACCGGUCUAUCGACAAGUCGGCCCUGCGCUCGCUCUUCUGCGGUCAUCACUACUUGGCUGCAGAUCCCGAGUCUAUGUACUGGGAUUGCAUGACAGGGAACGUCGAGCCCGAGGUCCUCAACACGGCUUACGAGGCGAUGCCGUGCGCAUACAAGGUGCAUGUUGUCAACAACAACAAUGUUAAUGCUCGCCUGCCACAUUGGGACACCACCUGGCAGUACCUGCAGUUGUGUGUGGCGGGCUCCAUUAAGGACGACUGCAUGUCGCGCUACCAGGACAAGGACUGGUCCGUGCCGCACCGCAGCUCUGCGGUGGCCGCUCCGCUUACUCUGAGUCGCGCCGAGGAGCUAGGCCGACCAGGUCUAUCAUUCGCGCUGGGACCCAACCGCACCCCGGGCGGGCACAACAAGCAGUGGGGUGGCCGGCCUGGUGGUCAUACAUACCAGCCGUAUGACCCUACUUGCCGCCUUCAACAGUCGGCAUCCUCGGUGCUGCUGCCCGUCAUUUUCAGGUCUAACAUCCCAUCGCGCGUGAAUCUGCCUGAUUACGCCAUAGAGGAGUAG